AUGCAGAUCACUCAGACCUCUUUCAUCAUUGCCUUCCUGGCUAUUGGUGCCAUUGCCCUCCCAACUCCUGGCAAGUCAGAUGAGGCCUGGACCCAGAUCAUCAACAAGAGGGGCAACGAGGAGUCCUGGACUCAGAAAUUUGGCGGGCGAGCCGAGGAGGCUUGGAUUGUCGACCCUCCCACUCCCGCCAAGAGGGCUGAUGAGGAGAGUUGGACUCAGCAGAUUGGCAAGCGCUCUGAUCCUGAGGCGUGGACUCAGCAGAUUGGCAAGCGCUCUGAUCCUGAGGCGUGGACUCAGAUCAUCAACCCCACGACCAAGAGGGCGAACGAUGAGGCUUGGACUCAAAUCAUCAACCCCACCGAGCCCACGGCCAAGAGGGCGAACGAUGAGGCCUGGACUCAGAUCAUUAACAACCCGCCUAACUAG